UGAAAUUGAUGCUAGAGGAGUAAAGGUUGGGAUCUUUACGAAAAGUUGACGAGAGAACAAAUAAUUUCUCCGUAAUAAACUUAAAAAGCCACGAUGAACGAAACGUGGCUACGUACCACCGUCAAGGGAUAAUCCAAAAAGAGUACUCCGCAGCAAUGUGUUAUGAAACUUUGAACUUUUACUAUUACUUAUUAUACAAUAAUUUUAAUAAGCCAGGAUUAUUACAAAAAGAUUAUUGAUAUCAACACUUUUUUUUAAAUUCUAUGUUUCAUUUUUAUGUGACCGAACUGCACCGCACCUAGCAACCAACAAGGCCUAGCAACGAUCACCUCGGCAACGGUUCUCAUUGUAAACAAACAAUUCGUUUUUUGCCGGGCGACAGUGUCCGGCACUUCGAAAAUGAGACUUUCGCCUGAAAUAGAUGCUGAAAUCAAGCGUCUGAAAUCCGAAAUUGAAAAUGAAGAGAAAAUGAAGCACAUGCUCGAACAGAGCAUCAACGAUCUAUGCAAAACUGUAGAGGCCCUGGAAGUUCAGUCGCAGAGCGCUGACGUCAGUGACGAGGAUGAAUGGAAAGUGCGGUAUUACACACAAGUUGAAGUGAACGAGCAACUGGAGCACCAGCGCGACUGGCUGAGGAGCAGGGCAGAAGCUGCUCGAGUGAAUAACAAGGAAGGCCUGACUGAGUAUCUUGCAGAUCUUGACCUGGACAGCCUGACAGAGAACCAGCUGGUACGCUACCUGAAGCAGCUAGAGAAAGACAGAAACGCUGUGUACAAUGAGAUACGUGAUACGGAGUGGAAGUUGGAUCAAGAGUCAAAGGCAUUUCACAAGUUCAAUGACACCAGAAAGGCCUACAUGACCGAAAUUACCGAUGCUAUGCUCAACUUAGAGUCUCUCCGAAACCGCAUAAAGAUUGUCGACAUGACUGAUCCUAAUCCACUUCUGGGUAAAUGUCCAAGGCACCUCAAGUAUCUCAACAUCCAGCCUGACCAGCGGAUCAUUGACCCCCGGAAAGGCCCCAUCCGCAAAACGGCAGCUAUCCGCAGCCUGCCCAAGCUGGCCUCCCCAGACUCAUCUCCCCACGAUGACAAUGUGGAGCAGGCAGCAUCUAGCAGCCCACAGGAUUAGUGCCUUCUGCUACAGAUGUCGAUCAUCUAAUGUUGUAAUUAAGUCUUAACUGAAUUAUGACAAAGUUGCAUCUGGCAUCAAGAAUACCUUUGUUAUACUGAUUUUCAAAUAAGCCUAUAAGAGAAAAUAAUUUGUGAUUUGGUCAUUGCAAAAGAAAUGGAAGUGUUAUUGUGAUGUCUCCGGUAGACGGACGUUUAUGGCCUGCUGAUGGCUUGUCAUGCCUAUACAUGGUGCGUGACCAACGCUAAAUUACACUUUAGCCCUAUGGAUACUUGUCAAUACACAACCAUGCCAUCUGUGAAACUACACAAGAU